UCAUCCACUGCCUGUAAGCUAGAGUGGUAUCGUAACGGGGAAUAUCACUAGCUGAUCUGCCAACAAAGCAACUUAUAAACAGCCGGAACGAUUGGACCUGACAGAGACAACCCAGAGUCAACAUUGCAUGAUGAUACGGCACACGAAUUACGAGGACACCCCAAGCCCAGGCCAAGUUCAUCACGGGUCGAAUUCAUCACCGAUCUAUCAACGACAUUGCAUGAGGUCGGUGCGCCUCGGCGUCUACUAUGAAUAAGUCCAGGCUCAGUCACCCAAGGUGUCCACUGUCAUAGUGGUCGAAUUUCCUCUUCGAUCAACUGCAUAUUGUUCAUCAACAUGGCAGACGAUGUGGAGCAGAAGCGGGCGGCCUUGAAGGAGUGUCCCCUCGACCAUCCUGACCCAUCCGUGUAUCUCAACGACCUCGCCACCAGCCUUCGAGACAGAUUCCAGGAGCGUGGCGUUCUAUCUGACUUAGAGGAGUCCAUUGAGCUCAAUCGAACUGCAUUGGCGCUUCGGCCCCAUGGCCAUUCUGAUCGAUACUCGUCUCUCAACAACCUUGCUAUCGGCCUUGGAGAAAGAUUUCAGCAGCAGGGUGGCCUGUCUGGCCUGUCUGAUGCUAUCGACCUCCUUCGAGCUGCACUCGCGAUCUGUCCCCCUGGCCAUCCCGGUCGCUCCGUGACUCUCAACAACCUUGCCACCAACCUUCGAGACAGAUUCCAAGAGCGAGGUGUCCUGUCUGACCUAGAUGAAUCCAUUGAGUUCUGUCGAGCUGCACUGGCGCUUCAAUCCCCUGACCAUCCCGAUCGACCAACGUACCUCAGGAACCUCGCUAUCACCCUUCAUCACAGAGUCCAGCACCGGGGUGACCUGACUGACUUGGAGGAGGUCAUUGACCUCCACCGGGCUGCACUGGUACUCCACCCCCCUGACCAUUCUCAUCGGCACAUGUCUCUCAACGACCUCGCCACCAGCCUUCGAGACAGAUUCCAAGAGCGAGGCGUCCUGUCUGACCUGGAUGAAUCCAUUGAGCUCUAUCGGGCUGCAUUGGUGCUUCGCUCCCCUGACCAUCCCAAUCGACCAACGUCCCUCGAGGACCUCGCUAUCACCCUCCAACACAGAUUCCAGCACCGGGGUGACCUGACUGACCUGGAGGAGGUCAUUGACCUCCAUCGGGCUGCACUGGCACUCCACCCCCCUGACCAUUCUGAUCGAUCCUCGUCUUUCAACAAUCUUGCUAUCAGCCUUGGAGAUAGAUUCCACCAUCGGGGUGACCUGUCUGACCUGGAUGAUGCCAUUGAGCUUUAUCGAGCUUCACUGGCCCUUCAGCCACUUGAUCGGUCCACGUCUCUCAACAACCUUGCUAUCAGCCUUCACGACAGAUUACAGAAGCGGGGCGACCUGUCCGACCUGGAGGAGGCCAUUGAGCUCAAUCAAGCUGCAUUGGCACUCCGUCCCCCUGGACAUCCACAUCGAUCCACGUCUCUUAACCACCUUGCCGCCAGCCUUGAAGUGAGAUUUGAGCUGCAGGGCUGCCUGUCUGACAUAGACGACGCCAUUGACUUCCGUCGCGCUGCACUGGCACUCCAUCCCCCCGACCAUUCCGAUCGAUACUUGUCUCUCAGCAACCUUGCUGUUAGCCUUGGAUAUAGAUUCCGCCAUCGGGGUGACUUAUCUAGCCUGCAUGAUGCCACUAAGUUCAACAAGGCUGCACUGAUACACUCUCCUCCUUGCCUUGCCACGCGAUCCAUGUUUCUCUACAACCUUGCCACCAGCCUUCAAUGCAGAUUCAAGCGUGGGGGCGUCCUGUCUGACGUGGAUGAGUCCAUUGAACUCUACAGAGCUGCACUGUUGCUCUGUCCCCCUGGACAUCCUGAUCGAUCCAAGUCUCUCAACGGCCUAGCCAGCAGCCUUAGCCUUCGGGAGAGAUCCGAGCAGCGGUGCAUAUUGUCUGACGCGGAUGAUAUCAUCGAGCUCUUUCGAGCCGAAUUAGCAAUCUGUCCCCCUGAUCAUCCUGAUCGAUUAUUCUAUCUCAUGAACCUUGCCACCGCCCUUGGAAACCGAUCCCUGCGGCGGGGCGUCUUGUCUGACCUGGAUGAUGCCACCGAGCUCUAUCGAGACGCACUGGCACUUUGUCAUCUUGACGAUUCUACACGAUCCGGGUGUCUCUUUAACCUUGCCAUCAACCUUCAGGACAGGUUUAAGCUGGGGGGCGUCCCGUCUGACCUAGAUGAGUCUAUCGAGUUCCAUAGAGCUGCCCUGGCGCUCCGCCCCCCUGGUCAUUCUCAUCGAUCCACGUCCCUCGUCAACCUCGCCAACAGCCUUCGAAAGAGAUACGAAGAGCGGGGUAUCUUGUCUGACGCGGAUGAUAUCAUUGAGCUCUUUCGAGCUGAAUUAGCAAUCUAUCCCCCUGAUCAUCCUGAUCGAUUCUUCUCUCUUAACAAUCUUGCCACCACCCUUCGAGAUCGAUUCCUGCAGCAAGGCGUCUUGUCUGACCUGGAUGAUGCCACCGAGCUCUAUCGAGACGCACUGGCACUUUGUCAUCUUGACGAUUCUACACGAUCCGGGUGUCUCUUUAACCUUGCCAUCAACCUUCAGGACAGGUUUAAGCUGGGGGGCGUCCCGUCUGACCUAGAUGAGUCUAUCGAGUUCCAUAGAGCUGCCCUGGCGCUCCGCCCCCCUGGUCAUUCUCAUCGAUCCACGUCCCUCGUCAACCUCGCCAACAGCCUUCGAAAGAGAUACGAAGAGCGGGGUAUCUUGUCUGACGCGGAUGAUAUCAUUGAGCUCUUUCGAGCUGAAUUAGCAAUCUAUCCCCCUGAUCAUCCUGAUCGAUUCUUCUCUCUUAACAAUCUUGCCACCACCCUUCGAGAUCGAUUCCUGCAGCAAGGCGUCUUGUCUGACUUGGAUGAUGCCAUCGAGCUCCACGAGGCUUCACUGGCACUCGGCGCUGAUCAAUCCCUGCCUUUCAUCAACCUUGCUGCCUGCCUUCGAAUCAGAUUCCAGCAGCGGGGUAUCUUGUCUGACCUGGAAGAUGCAAUUGAGUUCUAUCGAGUUCCACUACCAGCCUGUCCCCUUGACCAUUCUGAUCGACCCUUUGCUCUCAUCAUCCUGGCCGAUGACCUUCGAGACAGAUUCCGGCGGCGGUGUGCCCUGUCAUACCUGCAAGAGGCCAUUAAGCUCAGUCGAGCUGCACUGGCGCUCUGUCCCCCUGGUCAUUCCAAUGAAUUCAGGUCUCUCGGCAGCCUUGCACGCAACCUUGCAGCCAGGUUCGAGUUGUGGGGUGUCAUGUCCGACCUGGAUGAAUCUAUUGAGCUUCAUCGUGCUGCACUGGCACUCUGUCCCCCUGGCCAUUCUGAUCGACCGCUGUUUCUCGGCGACCUUGCAAUGGGCUUUCGAACAAGGUUUGAGCAGCAGCCUGGGUGUCUAUCUUCAGACUUGGACGAAGCCUUUGCGCUCUAUUCACAACUCUCUCAAGCAUCUCAUGCAGUCUCUCGUCAGGAUCUUAAUACUGCCAGGGCAUGGACUGCCUUCGCCGAGCAUGUGAAUCAUGGCUCUGCAUUAGUUGCCUACCAGACCACCUUGAAAAUCUUAGAUCAACACGCUGUUAUUUUGUCAUCUUCUUCGCACCAUUUCGAUGUGGUUAGAGAGACAACGUCAUCCCUUGCCAUGGAUGCCUUCUCGUUCGGCGUCCGUCAUGGCGAUCUGAUGACUGCUGUGGAAUUGGUGGAGCAAGGUCGUGCAAUAUUCUGGACCCAUUUGGCACGCUCCCGCACCCCACUUGAUGAACUUUCGGAGUCAGGUGAUGCUGGUGAAUCCUUGGCGCAAGAGUACAAGCGACUCCGCUUUCGGCUUGGUAAAGCGUUAGAACCAGCUACUGAAGUCCAGUCAUCACAAAUCCUGCAGCUGACUGCGCAAUGUGAUGAUGUCAUAUCUCGCAUCCGCAUGCUGCCCGACUUCUCCCGUUUUCUUCUACAUCCGCUCUUCUCAGACCUUCAGAAGGCGGCAGAAGAUGGUCCAGUCGUUAUCGUCAAUGCAAGCCGGUACAGCUGUGACGCCUUGAUCAUCUUGAUUGCCCAAGAUCCUGUCCAUGUCCCACUUGAUAUCACACGAGCCGAGGUCUCCGUAUUGUCCUCCGAGUUCCAGGGCCUCGUAGAUUUGUCCGGCUCUUCUGAUCGUCAACUUGAAUCAACCGAGAUUGUUGGCAUCUUACGCAAGCUCUGGGCCAGUGUUGUUAGCCCUGUAUAUGAAGUGCUCAAGAAGUUCAUUCCCCGCGGCUCACGCAUCUGGUGGUGUCCUACCGCCGAGUUCACGCUGCUUCCACUACACGCAGCAGGACCCUACCAGUCGAACACCCAUGAUUUCUCUCACUUCUACAUCUCCUCUUACACUCCAACUCUGGCGGCUCUCAUUCGCGCGAGACGGCAGGGUUCACAGGACUCGCCUGUCCAGCAUUUUGUUGCCAUCGGUCAAGCAACUCCGGACAAAGGGAAGGAACUUCGAUGUGUCGCUGCUGAGCUAGCGGUUGUAUCUGAGCGUGUCGCUCCCGCGCUGUCCUUUACAUCGCUCACGGACAGCGAUGCAACAAUUCGGGGAGCAUUCGAUGCAUUAAGCCAAAAUCAGUGGCUUCACCUAGCCUGCCAUGGAAAGACGAAUCGAAAACAACCAUUGGAGUCUUCAUUCGAAAUGUGCGACGGCCCUUUAACGAUAAGGGAAAUCAUCCGAUCCCACUCGCAAAACCCUGAGUUUGCAUUCCUAUCGGCUUGUCAUACUACCGUGGGCAAUGAGACGAGCCCCGACGAGGCGAUCCAUCUCGCUGCGGCGAUGCAAUUCUCUGGAUUUCGCAGUGUCAUAGGUUCCAUGUGGUCUGUCGACGAUGAUGUCGCACGUCUGAUUGUUUCCGCUUUCUACGACAACUUGGUGGAUGAUUCGGGGAGAUUAGACUGCAAAGGCGCUGCGGUAGCGUUGCACAAGGCUGUAAAGACAUUACGGAAGAAGAUUCCGUUUGAACAGCAGAUCGUAUUUAUUCACAUGGGUGUCUAGUUCGAGACGUUGUUGGACAUUGCAACUAGAGAUCGCCCCGACUGUUCUUGAUAGACCAGAUGAGCGUGCUCUACGAUGUUGGAACGGAUAGCAGACACAUGAGGUUCCGGAGCACGCGGCGACAUCCAGCAUCACUACAAAUGUGUAUAUACCUUUAUAGCAUGACAUGACAGUACACGGGUUUCCACACCGACCGGAGGUUCAACCUAACCGCUAAAAGCGGGGUUUCAAACCAACCACACACUAACUAACCCGAAAGAUCUAAACACCUAACAAGAAAC